AUGCAUCUUUUUUCACCUUCAGGAAUGUUGAUUCCUCUGCUGUAUGCGGUAAUAACCGCAUGCGUCGCCGAGUGGUUAGUGGAUUUGGAGUACUCAUUGAAUAAUUUCCAAGAUGUUUAUCCGCUUGGAAAAAUUGAACUACGGCGAUCGUUUGAUGGUAACUAUACAGCAACGUUUCGAGCAACUACUGGUAAUCGCCUGGGUGAACGAAUGACAGCUGAUCCAUCAUCUACAUAUCAAGUAUUGGCGAAAAGCUCGACAUAUCCAAAAGACCAGUUACUAUCAUCCACUAAAACGUGCUUGUUGCUGCAGUCGAACCUGUUUCACUAUUUCUGGCUGUCCAUCGAUGCGGAACGGCAACUUGUUCAGUCGUUCACAGUAUUUCCCGACAUAGUGGCAGCUGGUGAUAAGCCACUUGAUUCGAAUUCGGACUGUGCACAGGUGGCCAUUUCGAGCUCGACUCAGCCAAGUGCUAUUGUGCAUGUGAACACCAAAGGAGUUUUGCCAACGCCUGAUACUCAGUUGUUCGUCCAAAUGAUGGAACGAGAACGACGAGCUCGACAGCAUGGAGCAGACGCCGAUGAUCGUAGUUUCUUGGCAAAAUAUUGGAUGUACAUUGUUCCUGUCGUGGUAUUCGUUGUGAUUUCGAAUGCAAUGACGCCAGAUAGCGGAGGAGAAGGAUAG